GUGCCCCGUGAAGCACCGCAACUCCGGGGCCGACCUGGCGCUUUACUGCGGGAAUGGGGCAGAGGCGCCACGGCACACUGACGUCUCAAUCCUCGCCCGGGCCCUCAUCACCACGGCUUCUUACGGCCCUACAGGGUAGGCAAACUGCAAUGCGUGCUCUGCUCGGUGCUCUGGCACACCCAGUACUUGCCUGCUGGUGCUCCACCCCGGACCCUGAGCAGGGCUGCAGUGCGCCCCCCUCCCCCCUCCUUCCCCCUUCCCUCGCCGCACUCCCCUCAGUCGGGCGGCCGUGCGGCACGGGUACCUUCAAUGACUCUGUACCGGGAAGCUGGGGCCGACCCGGUCGGGCGCGGGUCGGGGGAUUAGGAGUCGAGGAAGGCACAGCUUUUCUGAUCAACGGCUAUUGUUUACAGUCCAGUUCUCGAAUGGAGCAGGGCUGAGAGGGGGGAGGGGGGUGGAGAGGUAGGGCACAAGGGUGCAGAAGGGGGAGGAGAUGGGAGAGGGGAAGUGUGGGAGGCAAGUGAGGGGAAGUAGUUUGGCACCUUCCACAACAUGGCACUGCCAGUGCGGUUCGUCUCGUCGUGGUGUGCAUCUCGUGGGGACAGAGCAGGACCGCGUGACCGCCGUUCAGUUGGGGAGUAUGGGUAAGAAGAGGCUCAAGGAGCGUGGCUACGGCAAGGUAACUUCGAGCCGGACACGCCGCAAGACCUCGCUUACGUCCCUAAAACGCAAAGAAGAAGAACAAGAAGAAGAAAGCUUAUUUGGAUCAGAAGAAAAUGUUGAAAAUAACCAGUGCAGUGCAAACAGUGACACUGAAGCGCCUAGCGAAGGGCAGUCCCCGCGCCGCGCGGCCGCCGCGCCCGCUAGCCCAGCCCCGGGGACGAGUGUGGGCGCGCUGGCUGACAUCAGCAACUUCCCCGCCGUGCUGUCCUGCCAGAUACCCCAGCGGGUGUUUAGCGCCCCCGAGAUCCGCAAGAGAAGGGAGCAGAUCAACGCGCGGGCCGAGGCGCAGGCCGGCGGCGCAGGCCUGGCCCAGAGAGGCCCGGGCCCCGUCACGCCACGGAAGGGCAACGGUGAUGGCUCCCCGUCAUCUGUACGCAUAACAAGUAAAAGGCUUGGACUGGACGAGUCCGCAGCUUCUUCUUGGUUGUGUGAAAGUGAUUCUGAAACUGAGGCCACAGGACUUCAUGUCGAGCGUGAUGGCCGUGGCGACAGGCUGGACAUGAUACAUGGCUACCACAUCGUGUCCCUGCCGCACGUGCUGAGGCAGCACGAGGCCAUCGUGAAGCACAGCACGGUGUGCACUGGGGGGCGCAUGCUGCUGGAGAAGCCGGUCAGCAAGGGGCUGUUCACUGUGUUGCACUUUCGGUGUAUCACCUGCCGCGCGACCGCCACAAUCGAGACCAACCCUCGGGGACCUCUCAUCAACCAGGCGCUCGCAUGGGGUACGCUGUCCGUGGGGAUGGGCCACGCUCAGAGCGAGGAGUUGCUGUCCGUGCUGAAUGUGGCCGCUCCCUCUGAAGGCUACUUCCGCAAGUGUGAGCGGAUCAUCGGACAGGCAUGGAAGAACAUCUUCGAUUUCUUUAGGCGAGCAAAUGUAGCUGAAGAGAUAGAGUUAGCAAAGCAGGAGGGACGCGUGGACCCGGAGGACAACAUGCCCUUCACAAGCUGCAAGACUGAUGGGGGAUGGUGUGCAAGAACCUAUGGUCAUGGCUUUGAUGCGAAGUCUGGAGUGGCGGUCUCAAUUUCACAACGCACAGGAAAAAUUAUGACCCUUGGUACGGAAAAUAAGUUUUGUAAGGAGUGUUCGGACGCGGCGAGGAAGGGGGUCGACCCUGAUCCUGAUCACACCUGCAACGCCACGUACAAGGGGCCUUCCACUGGCAUGGAGAGCGCCAUCAUAGUGAAAGGCCUCCAGAACCUGUACAAGGAGGGCUUGUGGGUGCAGACCAUUAUCGGGGAUGGCGACUCCUCCGUCUUCAACAAGGUGCGUCAGUUCGUGCCAAAAGGGCGCAAAAUGAAGAAGGAGGAGUGCGCCAACCACGCUACUCGCCGCUACACGUCCAAGCUGCACUCGAUAGUGAAGAAGACGUCAGUGCCUUUGAGAGCAAGGCGGAUCGUCACGAAGUACCUGAGGCGCCUCACAGCUGCGGCGCGCGGCGCCAUCAAGGAGAACGGCGGCAAGUCCGUGGCGCAGCUGAGAGAGGACCUACGCAACGGGCCGCUGCACGUCCUGGGUGACCACAGCCAGUGCCGCGACUCCUACUGCAAGCGCAAGGAGGCGCAGGAGCCCAACAUGGUCCCAGAGGCGACGGCCACGGGCGCGCUCGGGCUGAUGCACGGCGCGCUCCAGGCAAUGUACGCCGAGGCCCACAAGCUCACAGCGAACGAGACGACGAAUGACUGCGAGUCGUACAUGUCGAAAGUCAGCAAAUUUACUGGAGGUAAAAGGGUUGACUUUUCGACGGGGCCCUCGUUUGGCAUUCGUUGUCUCGGCGCAGCUUUGCUGUACACGCUGGGCCCGUCAUGGCACCUCACGGCCUGGCAGCACUGGCAGGGCGAGUCUCUGGGACCCGUCGCGGAGGUCGUGUUGCGGCGGCGGCAUGUGCGCAACGAGCGCAAGCGGCACGCCCGGGACGUGCAGCGGCAGGCCAGGCUCGCGGGGGAGUGGACCGGACGGAAGAGGGCCAGGAGCGGCGCCGACAAGCACUACGGACUCACCGUCGAGCAACUACUUCUGGAAAAGCCUGACGUGGACGAGACGGUGCUCAACGAGCGCAAGCUCGCCGAGAUCGAGUUCGUCCAGAACCAAGUCCCCACUGAGGAGGAGAGUAGGGCGUGGGAGGAGCGAACCCGUGGCCAGUCCGGCAACCCUUUGUGGCGGGAGUUCCGCGAGAAAAGGUUGCAGGGCUACCUGCACGGCCGCAUCGCUCGGCUCCGCCCUACCACCCUCCGCGGCCCUGUGGUGAAGCUGCUCCUGUACGGCAAAGAUUUGGACCAUCUGGAGCACAUCCAGUUGGGCCGCACCGCGGAGGACUUGGCCAAACAGAAGUAUGAGGCGAAGUACGGUGUGAAGGUCGUGGACUGUGGCUCCUUCGUGAGGCCAGACCUCCCCCACCUCCUGGCGUCGCCGGACGGGCUGGUCGGCGAGGAUGGGCUCGUCGAGGUAAAGAACUUCUCCACGCUAGGCGACAAGGGCAUUUUGGAGACGUUCAAGGACAAGGCAAGUAAGAAAAAAUUGAGAGGCAUGUUGACAGAAAAAGUUGUUGAACGGAGAAGAGUACUGUGCACCGACCAGGUGUACUAUCAGGUUCAGUCCCAACUCAACCUGAGUAAGAGAAAGUGGUGCGACUUGAUCUUACACUGUGACGCAGAUUGGGAAAGGUUCCGCAUUCACAGAGAUGAGAAAUUCUUCAAUGAUGAAAUUUUGCCCAAAUUGCAGAAUUUCUAUAAUGAUGCGUUCCUUCCCGAGCUGGCGGACAGCAGGUUGGAGAGGGGCUUACCUCCGCGCGAGCCAGCGUACGUCCUUGCAGCAAGGAUGAAGGACAACUUACCAGUAGAAAUAGAAGAGAUCUGUGAUGAGGACAUACCUGAUGAUGGUGAAGGUGAAGAUGAAGAUCAGUGA